AUGACAACAGACGUAUUAGUCGCGGAAGUCGUCACACAAGAGCGAUUGCAUCAGCGAUUUGCCCACGUCAAUGAUGGAUACCUCAAGAAACUACCUGAAGUGACAAGACACGCACCAACGGCAAAGAAGGAGAACAACAGUGACGACGAGAAGGCCAAGUGUGAAGUGUGUUUGAAGGCCAAGAUGAAGCGACUGCCGUAUGCAGGAGAUGCGUAUCGACACCAACACCCUGGUGAUCUCAUCCACGUCGACCUGUCACAGAUCAAGCAGCCAAGCGAGAGAGGAUACAAGUAUCUAAUGGUGGUGGUCGACGAUGCAUCAAGGUGGCUGCAGACUUACUUCCUCAAGAAGAAAUCGGAUGCCCCUGCCGCAUUCAUCCAGUACUGCACUGCAGUCCGCAUGUCUAAGGCAGUGAGGACAGAUGGAGGGGCGGAGCUUAUCAAGGGCCAGUGGAAAGAGUUCUGCGAGACAAAUCAGAUACGGCAAGAGAGGAGUUUGCCAUAUCAUCAGUUCCAGAAUGGAGUGGCUGAGCGAGCCAUUGCUGUGAUUUGUGCUAUGGCGCGUGCACUGCUAUUCACUGCCGGCUUACCCGCAUCUUAUUGGUGUUAUGCGACGGCCACAGCGACGUACAUUAAGAACCGCACGCCAACCGCAGCCAACGAGGGAAUGAAGACACCACAUGAGCUCUUCAUCGGCUAUCCACCCGAUGUCGGCCACAUCCGCACCUUCGGCUGCAAGGCACACAUCAACCAGAGGAAAGAGACGGUUAGCAAGAUGGACCCUCGCACGCAGAUCGGCAUCUUACUUGGGUAUGACCCAACGACUAAGGACGGCUAUCUGGUGUACCUGCCGCACACACGGCAAUUGGUGCUGUCACGCGAUGUGGUGUUUGACGAGGCGAUACUGCCUGGACAAGAGAAGAAGCCACAAGCACCACCAGCAAUCGAUCUCAUCUACCCACAACGACCCGAGACAUCUGUGAGUGAGCCCCUACCAGCAAUCGAAGACAUACACGACGACAACAACGAAUCACACCAGCAUCAGGAGACAAAUGAUGCCCAAGAUGACAUGACGAUCAUUGAAGAGAAUGGUAAUGGUCAAGAGGGGGAGGAAGACACUGAUGAGCAACAGACGAGAACGACAAGAACAACGGAUGAGCGACGCAUUCCUGGACGCGUCUAUAAAGACCACUUCUUCGAUCAUCCUGACCUGCUCUUUGUAAAUGAAGAUGGCGAGAUGACAGAAGACCCAUCGAAAGACGACAAGACCGCAGAUGACCCAUCACUUUCACAACUCUUUCAGCCAACCAUACCGAAGACCUAUAACCAAGCCAUCAAGUCAGCAGCAGCAGACCAAUGGAAAGAAGCCAUGGAUCGUGAGAUGAAGUCGAUUGAAGACCUGGGAGUGUUUGAGUACGUGCCGGCGAACGCCGCAACGACCAAGAUCAUCUCAUGCAGAUGGGUAUUUGCCCUCAAGCCUGACAAGUACAAGCCUCGCAUCGUCGCAAGAGGAUUCGAACAAGACGACAACCAAGUGGACGACGUGUUUUCCCCUACGCCCUCCUACCACAUUGUUCGAUCAGCGUUUGCCCUGGCGAAUCAAAUGAACCUGGAGAUACAUCACAUGGACAUCAACACAGUAUUUCUCAACGCCCCGCUGGACAAGCCUGUCUUUUUGCGGUGCCCACCUGGAUAUGAGAAGCCCGGCCAUGUUGUUCGUCUACGGAAGGCAUUGUAUGGCCUCAAGGAAGCCCCGCGCACAUGGUACAUCACUCUUCACAACCAGCUACUCGACAGAGGGUUCGUUCGCCACCCUCAGAAGCCCUGUGUGUACCUGCAUAAGGACAACAACAUUUUUCUUGUGGUGUUCGUCGACGACAUUCUCAUCGUCAGCGACCAAGAGGGGGUCACCUGGUUCAAGCAGCAGCUGUCGAGCGUGUUUGCGACGAAGGACCUGGGCGAGGUUGACAUCUUUCUCGGCCUCAAGAUCAUCCGCGAUCGUCAAGAAAGGACCCUGCAGAUCACACAGCCACAGUACAUCGACAAGAUGCUGAAGAGAUUCAGCAUGGAGAAUGCGAACCCGGUGGAUUUCCCUUAUGCGUCCGGUAUCCAACUGACCUCUGAGAUGUCACCGAAGACGGACGAAGAGAAGACGAAGGUGAAGAAGGUUCCCUAUCGGCAACUCGUUGGCGCAUUGAUGUUCUGCUCGGUCACGUGCCGCCCGGAUAUCGCCUAUGUGGUCAAGGAGCUUGCACGAUAUGCUCAUGAGCCCG